AUCAAUUAUUACUUAGAUUUACGACAAAACGUAAAUUUGGCAACGCCAAUUCAAACAGGUGAUUUUAUACAGAUGCAACCAGGUGGCAGCACCGUUAUGAACCUGUUUCGAGGUGGGUAUUUUUUUUUCAGUCGCGGUGAGUGGUUAGAGAGAGGAGUGUAUCGAUUCUUCGGUUCCAGCACUGUGUUUUUAACGUAAAGGGUUUAAAGAAGAGCGUAAUCCACGAAAAGAAUAUUAACAAUUUAGUGAUUUUAGAAACAGAAUGUCUACGUUAAAAAAAUGGGCGCAAAGCACACAAAUUAAAUUAAAUGGAACGAAAAGUAACAACAAUACCAGUACGAAUGGCGAAAGAAAGUGGAUUCACCCUCCCGAUGCGCUUCAAAAAGGUCACAUAGCCUAUUUAGUCAAGUUUCUGGGAAACACAGUAGUAGAUCAACCAAAAGGAAUAGAAGUAGUCAAAGAAGGUAUACGUAAAUUAAGGUUUUCACAGCAGCUGAGGAAGAGCGAGACCGGUGCCAAAACGCGCAAAGUAGAACUAACGAUAAGCAUAGACGGCGUGGCCAUCCAGGAACCCAAAUCGCACACCAUCUUGCACCAAUUCCCCCUCCACAGGAUAUCCUAUUGCGCGGACGAUAAGGGCGAGAAAAAGUUCUUCUCUUUCAUAGCUAAACAACCAAAUCAAGUUGAUAAUGAAGCCGAAGACUCUCACGAAUGCUUCGUCUUCAUAUCGGACAAACUGGCCGAAGAGAUCACGUUGACCAUCGGCCAGGCGUUCGAGUUGGCUUACAAAAGGUUCCUGGAAACCUCCGGCAAGGAUUUGGAGUCUCAGCGCAGAGCCAUGCUCACGCAGCAGAAAAUCAAGCGGUUGGAGCAAGAGAACAACAUCUACAAACAAAGACUGCUGGAGAUCUCGCAAUUCGCAAGCAUCAAGUACGAGAUGGAGCAGUUUUUAAGGAUGCAGGGUAUUAAGAACGUGUUGGAGAUACCGUCAUCUGCGCAGAAUGGUAAUAGUACCAGUACUGCUAGCACUAUUAGCAUGAAUAAUGGCAGUCACACCAAUGGUAAUUCAGUAAGCGAGUUGCUGGAUUUAAACACGAAUACAACCAAUGGAAAUGUUCCUCCAGUUCCUCCGAGAUCCUUCGAAAACGCCCCAAUGGUCGGCACCAAACUGGAAGGACUUCUCUUGAACGAGCUGGAUCAGGACAACGAUUUCGAUCCGAGAUCCUUCGAGAAUGAUCACAACGCUGCCCAUCAGUUUUAUCCGAACACCAACGGAACAGCCUCCAGUCCUCCCAUGAUCGCGCCACCGCCGAAAGCGGCGAAACGGUCGAACUUGAGUUUCAACAAUAACAAUAACGAGUUUUCGUCGCAACUGCCCAGUCAGGAUUUGUUCGGAUCCGGACCGUUUGCUCCUGCUGUGCAGCAGAACUUCACGCCAUCACCCAACAGCACCACUAGUGCAAAAAUAUUGGACCCCUUUGAAAUGGGAGACUUUGGGGGAACCUCAAGUGCAACCCCCCAAGAUAUUGAAAAUGCCAUUGGCUUGUUGGAUAAGAGAAUAAUGGAAAUGAAGAAUGGUUUCAGUCGUGGCAUCAGUUUUGGAAACGACGAUUUUUCAUUGGAAAGCCUAGACCCACUAAAAAAUUAAAUUAAUUUAAAACCAAACAUUUUUGUCAUAUUGGCAAAUUAUAGUUAUAUUCACGUGAUGCUAACCUAGAUCAAUGUUUUUUACAUUAUUUUUUUGUUUUUAAAUAUUUUGUAAAUGAAAGUAUUAUAGAUGAGAUUUAUUAUUAUGUUAUAUUUAAUUUCUUUCCAGCAUAUUUGUUAUAUCAGAUUUAUAUAUUUUUAAAUAUAAGAAUUAUUGGA